UGCGCGUGAUAAGAGCGGAAAAGAGAAAAAUUACAUACCAGCGGCUUUUGGAUGUAGGGACGAAUUAAGACUUUCUACAAUGCCACUUAUCCAUUGUUUGUAAUUGAUAGACCUUGUCCUUAUUCUUGCGGGAGGCUGUACGAUCUGUUGUCCAUUGUACAACUUGACAAAUGUAGCCCACUCUGCCUUGAGCGCAGCAAUGCGAUGUUUCGAUUCUCUAUGUCUCAGUAGCGCAGUUGUUGUGUUGAACAUCGAUGAGCAUAUGUCGCAGCGUGUCUUGUAAAUAGCUAGAGAUGCCAUGUUUGAGAUAAGCGCUGAAUAUGGACAAGCGUUGAAACUGCUACUGUACUCAAAGAGCACAAUAGAUCGUUUUUCAUUGUAAGGAGGUCUUUCACACCUCGUCUUCCGGAGGUUUUUCGACUUACGCAACAUUUCUAGGAUUUCAUCAAUAGCGCUCUGAUAUCUGCGCUAGUGUGAUCACCUGCGACGCCUUCGAAAAUUGGCAUUUCAGUCUCCUUUUCUGUCGAUUACUUCUCUUGAUUGUGUACCUGGUAAAAGUGUUGUGCAAUGGCCAGGAACAAACGCGAGGCAGUGAAGGACAAAGAUAAGUUGAAAAAGAUCAGAAAGGAAGCACGAAAGAGGUGGAGGCAAAAAAAAAGCCGCAAAGAAAGCGAUGAAAAAGUUAGCGGCGGAAAAGAAGCUCAACGAAGAUAAGGAGCGGCGAAAGCUCAGAGAGAUAGACCCAUCGCUAGUCGUGAGGACGACGAAGUUUCUUGGCGCUGGGACAUUUGGCAGUUGCUACUUAGCCUAUUACAGGGAUGUGGUAGUAGCUGUCAAGGAAUUUAACAAGAGAAAGAACGUCGAUCUAAGAAGCGAAGUAUGCCACGAAGCGACGAUGAUCAAACACCUGGAAGAUCACCGUGGUGUCCCUCUACUCUUUGGCAUCGUAACCAAGAGCGAGCCCUAUCGACUUGUUACGAAAUUCCACGGUGUUCAAAACAAAGGCCUCACUCUGUACAAAGCCAUUAAGAAAGAAAAACUGGAAAAGCCUACUUGGCUUGGAAUUUUAAAAAAUCUUAUUGAGGCAUUGAACCACGUUCAUUCGUGUGCUAUUCUUCACAAAGACGUGAAGAGCAAUAACGUGGUAAUGGAGCAACGAGGAGAGGAGUGGAAUCCUGUUGUUAUCGAUUUUGGGAAAGCUCGCUUCUCGUCAGAUCCCAAGCCGGCUAUGUCCAUGUCCAUCAACCAACAGAUGAGAUAUCGAGAAAAGUAUCCUCACAUUGCCCCCGAAAUUGUAAACGGAAGUGGCAGGCAGAGUGCCCAAUCGGACAUAUUUUCUUUAGGGAAAAUAGUUUUGGCAGUGUUGGAUUUGCUCCCAACAGCGACAGCGAAAUCUUUAAAGGUGGCCAGAACUGCUCUUUGCGAAGAGCCUGCAGAACGCCCCUCCUUAAAGGAACUAUCAGAGGCACUCUGAACAUAUUAAAUAUAGGUACAUUUUCAGUUAUAUAUAUGGUUAUCUUCUAAUUUAUUUUCUCUCGGCUGGCUUCUUUAAAAAAUGAGUAUUUCUCCCAUUUAACUUUUAGUGCGUAGUAAAUGCGCUUUUAUUUUCUUCUCACCAGUAUGUCAACGACCAAAUCAGUGUAUAUUUAGUAAUUUCAAACGUUCUUGUUAUUGGUAAGCACGUUCUACGAGUGUUUACAGUGUAAAAUACCUCUAUUUAGAUUAAAACAAGUUAUAAUUUC